GCCAUUUCUGUUCAUAUGAUCUUGAUAACUUUUCUCCUGGCUCAUAUACAAAACAUACGCACGGAUAACGAGACUACCACUUUUACUGACGUUGUAAUCACACAGGCUAAUUAUAUAUUGGAGCUGGCUGCUCUAUAUUUGUAUUGCAUCAUUUUACACGUGUGUACCUACCUGCACCGUUACGACUAUGUGCAUUUUCAAAAUACUAUGGCUGCAGCCUGGGCACAAGCCGGAGAAGCCAAUCGCAAUUACCUACUCCGCUCCAUACGGUUAAAAGUCCACGUUGUGAUUGCAACCCUAUUGUUCUUAUUUGCAUUACAAUUGUGCAUUAACUCUACACGAAGUGACAACUUAUGGAAAAUAAUUCUAGUUACCUUCUCUUUUAUAUUACCUCAGAUGAUACAGUUCAUCAGUUUAGCUUUUUAUUACAUACUUUUAAUGAUCGUGGGAGCGUUGCUUUCGGAUAUUAACAUGCAGUUGGAGAGCUUGACAAAACCGAAACUAAUCUACGACGAAUUCAUUGUAAAAGUAGUAGAAAGGAAGUCUGUGUCUUUGAGACAGAUGGAACUGGCAUACCUCGGAGCAUUUGAAUUAUCGAAGGGUGUAAAUGAUGCAUAUAACGGACCACUCCUAAUAUCCACCAUCCAAUGCUUUCACUGCAUAGUGAGCGAGGCGCAUAUUAUAUACCGCGAAAUAAUAGUCAGUACAUAUACUGCACACACUCUAGCCAAUGGCUCUAUUUGGAUUAUAUAUCAGCUCCUAAAAGUUUACUGUGUGGCGUUCUCCGGGAGUUUAUUAAAAAAGGAGGCGCUGAAAAUAGUCCAAACUCUUCACAAAAUACCGAUAGAGGGACAUGAUAGAAGAACAUAUACAGAGAUUCAGCAUUUCUGUACUAUGAUGAACUAUCAUGGGUUUGAAUUAUCAGUGUAUGAACUAUUUACUAUUGACGCCAAUUUAUUUUCUACGGUAAGUUAUGAGUUUUGA